AUGGCGGGCCGGAUGUUGGUGGUGUGUGUGCUGGGCUCUCUGCUUUGUCAGGUGUGGAGCUCUGCAGAUCCUCAUCACACAGAGGAAAAGCAGCAUCCUCAGGUCCUGUAUCCAUGGAGAAAUCAAGGCACGGGAAUGGUCAGGGUGAAGAGGGACUGGAUCAUCCCUCCAAUCAGAGUGCUGGAGAAUAGCAAGCAGGUUCCUGAAGACCUUGUCCAGAUCAAAUCGGACAAAAUCUUUAAAGGCGAAGUGAUCUACAAGUUAGAGGGACCGGGAGUGGACCAGGAGCCCAAGAAUCUGUUCGAGAUUGAUGAUAAAACGGGAGUAAUCAGGAGCAAGCGACCGCUGGACAGAGAGCGAUACAACAGCUUCACGCUGAAAGCCUUUGCACUGUCCCCCAGUGGAGAGAGACUGGAGAAUCCCACCACCAUAGAGAUAGUGGUGCUGGAUCAGAAUGACAACAGACCCGCCUUCAAACAGAAACAGUUUGAGGGCACUGUCGCUGAGUUCUCAGUCCCAGGCACCUUAGUGAUGUCGGUGUCAGCCACUGAUGCAGAUGACCCGAUGACAGAAAACGCUUGGCUGAGCUACUCCAUCAUUGGCCAGGAGAGCAUUCCUGCCAACGCCGUUACUAAGACCAUGUUUGGCAUCAACAACGAGACGGGAGCCAUCCACACAAGAGAUGUCGGCCUGGACCGAGAGGUGGUGAAAAGUUUCAGGUUAAAACUGCAGGUUGCUGAUAUGGGGGGCAUGGGACUAACAAGUGAAGGUGUGGCAGUCAUACACGUAUCUGAUAUCAACAACCACGCCCCACAAUUCAGUCCCGCCUCGUACAGUAUGAAAGCAGUGGAGAACAGGGUGGACAAUGAGAUUGGACGGGUGAAUGUGACAGACCGAGAUGAUCGUGGAACAGGAAACUGGGAGGCCAAAUACUUAAUUUCCAACGACCCUGAAGGCAACUUCGCCAUCAGCACGGAUCCUGCCACCAACGAGGGCGUUGUGACCGUGGUGAAGCCUCUGGAUUUUGAAGCUCGGCAUGAGUAUGUCCUGAUUCUGAAGGUGGAAAAUGUAAAUCGUCUGAGCAACAAGGCUCCCAACCUCCCGGAGAGCACCGCUGAAGUGGUGGUGACCGUCGUGAACGAGAAUGAGGCUCCACAUUUCAGAGAGGACCCCAUACAGAUUGUGGUCCCUGAGUCUGUGAUUCCUGGGACUUUACUGAAAAGCAAUAUCGCCUUUGACCCGGAUAAAUCUGACUUGAGGUAUGAGAUUAGCAGAGAUCCUGAGAGGUGGCUGGACAUCAACAAAGACACAGGAGACAUUACUGCCAGGAGAACUUUCAACAUGAGAUCUCCAAAUGUUAAGAACAAUAUCUACAAUGCUGUUAUCAAGGUUACAGAUGCUGAAGGCAUGUCGGUCACUGCCACAGUUGCCAUCACACUGAAGGAGACCAACGACUUCCCCCCUCAGCUCGUCCCUCUGAGCGGCACCGUGUGUCGGGGCACCAGGAGACCUGGUCUGGUUCUGACUGCUGUGGAUGAAGACCUCCCUCCACACGCUGCACCCUUCACCUUCGAGAUAUCUGAUCUGUCAAACAACUGGACCGUGAUUGAAGUCAACGAUACUCACGCUGUGCUUCAGCCGCUCUCAGAUCUCCAGGCAGGAGAGUACGCCGUCACAAUAUUUGUGUCAGACUCUGGCAGCCCAGUUCUGAGUGCUUACGCUGAGGUCAACGUCACCGUGUGUCUCUGUGACUCCUUCGGAGAUUGUAAGUCUGAGGCCGGGGCAAUCAUCGGCUCCAGUGUGGGAAUCAGCUUCAUCGCUCUCAUCAUCAUCAUGGCCUGUAUUGCACUCCUGCUGUUGCUGCUCCUCCUGGCCGUGGCCGUGACCACCUGUGGGAGACGCCACCACAUCAAGAAAGGAACAGGUCUGCUUGUCGGCGAAUCAGAAGACGACAUCCGUGACAACGUCUUCAACUAUGACGAGCAAGGCGGGGGCGAGGAGGACGAGAACGCCUUUAACAUCGACCUGCUGUGGAAUCCCCACGAUGCCCCUUCCACCCCGGGGUCCUACUACCCCGGUGUUCCUCGGAGCAAGCAGCCUCUCAGGAAGGACGCUCCACAUAACCUGCCCUCACCUAUCUACCCACGGAGGCCUCCAGCAGAUCCCACUGACAUCGAGGAUUACAUCAAUGAUGGCCUGGAGGCUGCUGACAACGAUCCUAACGUGCCUCCAUACGACACAGCUCUGAUCUAUGACUAUGAGGGCGAGGGCUCGCUGGCAGGCAGCCUCAGCUCCAUCGCUACCGGCAGCUCUGAUGGAGACCAGGACUACGACUACCUCAACGACUGGGGACCACGCUUCCAGAAACUGGCCAACAUGUACGACCCACGUUAAAGGUGGACACACAGCGCCCCGUACUACCAGUUAGGGACACAGAUCAUGCCUCAGGUGUUUUUUUCUGGACACAUUUGAAGAGAUUUUAGUCCAGGACAAGAUUUAAAAUGUGCCAAGGACGAAUAAGUGCUUAACAAACCACAGGCCUUUCAUCUAAUGUGCCUUAAGGUUUUAUUGUGGAGCAUUUGGACACAACUGACGAAACGGUUCGUUGCUAAGUUUUGUGGUUAGCUCUGGGAAAAGUGAUGAGACAGUAAAUUGUGAGUGGACAUGAUCAGCCACAAGGGAAGCAGCUGUGCAUGCUACAAAGGCAAACAGAAAGUGUGUUGAAAUGAUUUUCCAUGUCUGGUUUUGUUUAUCCUCAGACUUGGAUUGCUCAGUAAUGAUGCAUACAACAAGCCUGAGAUAUUAAAAAAUGUAUGUAUUUCUUUUUUUAUAUAAGUGAUUAUUUUAUAAGGUAAACUUUCUUUUAUAUGUUUGUUUCUCCUUUUCUGAUUACAAAUCCUCCAUUCCAGCAUCUGUUCAUCUUCUUGGAAAAAAAAACACAUUUCUCAACAAAACAAACUGUACCGCACUGUAUUCUGUAAACAAAUUGUUUGGAGGUUAGGACUUUGGAUGGUGUUUUAUUUUCUUUCUUUUUUUUAAUAUGUUCAUUGAAUUUAGAGUUUACCCAUGUCUACAGAAUAAAUGUAAAUCUUUUAUUGAG